GGACGGCACGGCCUCGGGGAUGGCGCCGCACGCGCACCUGGCGAUAUACAAGGUCUGUACUCGCAGCCGCUGCUCUAUCAUGGACAUCAUCGCUGGGCUGGACGCCGCCGUCAAGGACGGCGUCGACGUGCUGUCCUUCUCCAUCGGCGCGCAAUCCGGCACGCAGUUCAACUACGAUCCCAUCGCCAUCGCGGCGUUCCAGGCCAUGGAGCGCGGCAUCUUCGUCAGCUGCGCGGCGGGCAACGCCGGUCCGGACCCGGGCUCCGUCGGCAACGGGGCGCCUUGGAUGCUCACCGUCGCGGCCGGCACCAUGGACCGCGCGAUACGCACCACCGUGAGGCUCGGCAACGGCGAGGAGUUCGACGGCGAGUCCCUGUUCCAGCCGGGCAACAACUCCGCCGCGAAGCCGCUUCCGCUCGUGUACCCCGGCGCCGACGGCUCCGACACUAGCCGUGAUUGCAGCGUGCUGCGCGGAGCCGAGGUGAGCGACAAGGUGGUGCUCUGCGAGAGCAGAGGCCUAAACGGCCGCAUCGAAGCUGGCCAGACCGUGUCCGCGUACGGCGGCUUGGGCAUGAUCGUCAUGAACAGAGCAGCCGAAGGGUACACCACCUUCGCCGACCCGCAUGUCCUCCCUGCGACGCACCUGAGCUACGAUGCCGGGACCAAGAUCGCGGCCUACAUUAACUCCACGGCCAACCCGACGGCGAGCAUCGCGUUCAAGGGCACAGUCAUGGGCGCGCUGCCGGCGCCGGCCGUUACGUUCUUCUCGUCCCGAGGUCCGAGCAAGGCCAGCCCGGGCAUCCUGAAGCCGGACAUCACGGGGCCCGGCAUGAACAUACUCGCGGCGUGGGCGCCGAGCGAGUCGCACACGGAGUUCUCCGACGGGGGCGUCGGCCUGUCUUUCUUCGUGGAGUCUGGCACGUCCAUGUCGACGCCGCACCUGAGCGGCAUCGCCGCACUCAUCAAGAGCCUGCACCCGGACUGGUCACCGGCGGCGAUCAAAUCGGCGAUCAUGACGACGUCGGACGCAGUGGACCGCACCGGCGUGCCCCUCAAGGACGAGCAGUACCGCCACGCCACCUUCUACGCCAUGGGCGCGGGCUACGUCAACCCCGCGCUCGCCUUCGACCCCGGCCUAGUCUACGACCUCCACGCCGACGACUACCUCCCCUACCUCUGCGGCCUCGGCCUCGGCGACGAGGGCGUUACCGAGAUCGCUCACCGCCCGGUCACCUGCGCCAACCUCAAGGCCACCACCGAGGCAGAGCUGAACUACCCGUCCCUCGUCGUCAACCUGCUGGCCCAGCCGAUCACGGUCAACCGCACGGUGACCAACGUCGGGAAGCCGAACUCCGUGUACACCGCCGUGGUGGACAUGCCCAAAGACGUGUCGGUGACGGUGCAGCCGCCGAUGCUGCGGUUCACGGAGGCCAAGGAGAAGCAGAGCUUCACGGUGACGGUGCGGUGGGCGGGGCAGCCGAGCGUCGCCGGCGCCGAGGGCAACCUGAAGUGGGUCUCCGAUGACCACAUCGUGCGGAGCCCCAUUGUGGUUCCGCCCAAGGCCGCGUAGUAAUUCUGCGACCGGCAGCAUGUAUAGCUAGCUAGUAGCAUCGGGUAGGCUGCUGCGCUUCCGUGGUUUUGCGCAGGCUGCAUGCAAACUGGAGCGAUUUUGUUCUGUAAAUAGCGCGAAUCAAUAAAAAUGUGUCUCCAGAA